CGUUGAGUCUCAUUCAGGCUCUCUGUGCCCGGGUUAGUCUCUUCUCUCGGAGCACAAUGGUCAGUAAACGUCUCUCCGACGUGCCACUCUCAAUAAACUAAAAAAACAACAACCCGCCUCGUGCUGCUGUGCGCCGGACCCAUGUGUGGACUCGGAGCGCUGUGACAGGGCUGGGAGAGGGAGGAGAGUGUAUCCGUGUGGAGAACAGUGCUCUUGUGUAGGGUCGCGGCGCGCCAGGCGCCCUGAUGCUGCCAGGGAAAAAAAUCGCCAUUGUCCAACAAAAAGCGCUAGCUAGCAGCUAAAUCCCUGGCUUACACACUAGAAACAUGACUUCGACGCUGCCUCACGUCCUUUCCCUCCUCCUCCUCCUCCUCCUCAGCAUCCAGACCGCCGUUUCAUUCGAGGUGACGAUACAGGAUGACGACUGCAUCGCGAUGACUCUCGAGCCUUCAGAUCUGAGGGAUAACAUCACUGCGUAUGCUGCCAGGAUAUCUGGAGAGCCUCGCACCCACAUCCUGCCCUUCCAGAGGACCAGCGAUGGCCAACCGGCUCCUGCUGUCCUUCUUUAUAACACCACGUACCAUGGGCUCUGUUACACCGUCGGCCUUGUACUCGCCAACGGCUCCACGUGGACCAAGCCGGUCAAGACUGUGACCCUGCUCACGAAGCCUCUUCCAUUGGAGAGCGUGCAGAUCUCAGACUACCAGCCGGCUCCGGAGACCGGCGUGGUGUUCGAGCUGCGCUCGCCGGAGAGAAACAGCUUCAGCCGGGUGAACAUCAGCUACUCCGAGGGCAGAGACCAGCGCUUCAUGCUCUACAAAGAUUUUCAGAAAGGCAAAACGGUUUUUAAGCACUGGUUGCCUGGGACCUGCUACAGCAACAUCACCUUCCGGCUCAUCUCCGAAGCCACGGUCAACAAAAGCACCCUGGUGAAAAAGAGCGACGUGAUCCACGAGCCACAUCGUCACAGGACAGUACCCAACCCGCCUCUCAACGUGUCCCUGAAGAUCGUCCACCUCAAUGAAGGAGGCUUGCCUGUGACUAACUGGCGCGAUAAGGCGUCCCCUGACGCCCGUCUGCCACGAAAGGCUCGUGAAGUCCCCCUAAUGGAGGAACAGCUAGAAACAGAGGCGCGAGACAAACCGGAAGACCGCAGACCCGACGAGGAGUUGCAGUCGGUCACCCAGGGACCUCUUGCUACCGCUGAGAGCCUAAACAGCAGCACAGAAGCGCCAUUUGUUAACGCCGUAAACGCAUACACACCUACAGAGAGUGUCCCCGCUAACACCAGCGACGUGUCCGAGAGCAGGAAUUCCACUGCCUCGUAUUGGCCGACGGGAGGUCCCUCCCCCGCCGAAGGGGAGUAUGAGUUUGUGAAUGGAGUGGCUCCGGAGUACGAAGACUCGAAGGAGUUGGGCUCAGCCAUGGAUCUCAGCCCAGAGCCCACUGACGGGUCCAACAGACCGCCUUCGAUUCGGCUGGAGCUUCGCUGGCUGCCUCCUCCGCCGCCCGCCACGACCGACGGCUUUAACGUCUACGUCUCUCGAGACGGCGACCCGACCGAAACGGCGGUAGUGGACGAGAACACGCACGAGUUCUUUACCGAGCUGUCGGAGGCCGGGACGUACCGUGUUCUAGUCACCUCCGUCAGCUCCUCGGGAGAGUGUGAGCCCCGAGAGAGCGCACCACAUCGAGGAUUCACCUUCUACCUCAGUCCUACCGGCGAGUGGCUGGAGCAGCCCAAGGAGCGUCCGCAGGCGGUGAGUGUGAAAAUGCUGGGGAAGAGCACGGCCUCCGUAUCCUGGGCUCCGUCCACGCAGGGCCACAACGGCAGCCUCGUCUCAGUGGUAUCUCUGACGUGCCUCAAGCCCAGCCUCAGCCAGCGCAUGGAGACCACCUACUGCUCUGAGGAAAACACCACCAGUGACAUCAUCGUUAACCUGACUCCUGGUGCUCAGUACAGAGUGGUGGUUUAUCACACCAACGGACCCCUGAUCAGCCCCCCCUCCGAACCAGUCAUUAUUGAUAUCGAGCCAACAGGAGUGCGAGACCUGGUGGUGUACCCCCUGAGUCCCACGGCAGUCAUUCUGAGCUGGCAGAGGCCGUACAACGUGGCCUUCCGCAAAUACGUGCUGCAGACCUUUUACUUCAACUCGGCCAUGCAGACCGCCCAGUGGACCACGUACUACGAGAUCGCUGCUACCGCCUCCGUCAUCGCCUCUGUGAGAGUGACAGAUCUCUUGCCCGCAUGGUACUACAACUUUAGAGUGACCAUGGUGACCUGGGGUGACCCUCCUCUCAGCUGCUGCGACGGAUCCACCGUGAGCUUCGUUACAGCCCCUGAGGCACCCCACAUCUCCUCAGUGGAUUACUCCCACGGGGUACUGUACGUGCGCUGGACCUACGGCGAUCUCUUCACCGAUCUGUCCCACUCCAGGAUGCUGCACUGGCAGGUGCUGGCUGAAGGAAAGAAAGGCUCCAGGAGACGCUUCUCUACAGAUGUGAUGCGCAACGUAAUGAAGGCUGCGCUUGCGCUCCCUCCCGGCGACAUCUACAACCUGACGGUCACGGCUUGUACAGAACGCAGCCGCAACACCUCCAUACCCCACAUCCUGAAACUGGAUCCAGCACCUCCCAAGUCCCUGUACGCGGUCAACGCUACACACUCUGCCGUCACUUUGCUCUGGACCGAGGAGGGAGUAGUGGACUUCUACCAGGUCAGCUGCAGGCAACUCGGGCCCAUCACACAACUCAAGGCUGCUGAGCCCCAGACUGCCCACUCCCAUGUGGUAACUGUGAACAACCUGCAGGCCUCCACCUCCUACAACUGCAGCGUGAUCAGUUACAGCUACAGCACACCCAGCGAACCCACCUACAUUACCAUCAGCACUCUGGCUCAGGAGAUGAACCCCAGCAUAGCUGCUAUCUCAGCACUGGCUGUGCUCAGUGUGCUACUCAUCAGCCUUCUGGUGCUCUUUCUACUGGUGCUGCGCAAAAAGCACAUGCAAAUGACCAGGGAAUGUGGGGCAGAAACCUUCGUCAACUUCGCCUCCUUUGAGCGUGAUGGGAAACUUCCUUACAACUGGCGAAGGAGCCUCUUUGCCUUCCUUACUCUUCUGCCAUCCUGCCUUUGGACUGACUAUCUUUUGGCUUUUUAUAUUAAUCCAUGUGGUAUUGUGAUAAAUGUAGCAAGGCACAGUUCAGUAAAGUGUCCUGGACCUUUUUGUACCUGUAGGAGCAAGACUGCUCUAAAGAAAAGGAAGCUAACAAGCCCAGUGCAGCUGGAUGACUUCGAGGCCUACAUUAAAGACAUGGGCAAAGACUCUGCGUACAAGUUCUCCCUGCAGUUCGAAGAGCUGAAGAGUGUUGGCCUGGACCUUUCCCACGAUGCCGCAGAUCUGCCAGUAAACAGACCCAAGAACCGCUACACCAACAUCUUACCCUACGACUUCAGCCGUGUCAAGCUCAUCUCGAUGCACAAUGACGAAGGCUCCGACUACAUCAAUGCCAACUACAUUCCAGGCUACAAGUCACCGCGCGAGUACAUCGCCACGCAGGGGCCGCUCCCGGAGACGCGCAACGACUUCUGGAAGAUGGUGAUGCAGCAGAACUCGCGCGUCAUCGUCAUGCUGACUCAGUGCAACGAGCGCCGCAGGGUGAAGUGUGAUCAUUACUGGCCGUUCACGGACGAGCCGGUGUCCUACGGCGAGAUCACGGUGGAGAUGCUGUCCGAAAGCGAUUCUCCCGAGUGGACCGUCAGGAAUUUCCGCCUCAGCUAUGCAGACGAGGUGCAGGACGUGCUGCAUUUUAACUACACGUCCUGGCCCGACCACGGUGUGCCCACGGUGAACGCCAUCGAAAGCAUCCUGCAGUUUGUGCAGUUAGUGCGCCAGCAGGUGAACAGGACCAAAGGACCAGUUACGGUCCACUGCAGUGCUGGUGUGGGUCGUACAGGCACGUUUAUCGCGCUGGACCGGCUGAUGCAGCACAUCCGGGAGCACGAGUACGCCGAUAUACUGGGCAUGGUAUCAGAGAUGCGCUCGCAUCGACUCUCGAUGGUGCAAACAGAGGAACAGUACGUCUUCAUUCAUCAGUGUGUCCUGCUCAUGUGGAAGAAGAAAAAACAGCAGAGUCUCACCAGCGACGUCAUCUACGAGAACGUCACCAAGUCUUAAGGGCAGCCGGGACACGUGGACGCAAAGCUCUAAUGACGCCCUGCACUCUCCUUUGCUUCAGGCAUUUAUUCUCUGCAGAAAGGCCUACUAGAUAAACACCAAAAUAAAUAAAGACUGCAGCAGAGGAGUUGAAGAAACCACCCAAGCUAUUCUACAUUCUAUUGUCUCAACCAGUGAAGGCACAAUAGGACAAAAAAAAAAAAAAAAAAAAAAAAAAAAACAACAACCAUGCCUUAAGGAAUUCACAACAACGUCCAGGCUGCUUUCUUUCAGCAGAGUCACUGCAGCGGUUCCAGAGAGAGUGUUUGUGGCUGUUUGAAGAGUGCUGGCCAAAUGGGACAGAAAACAAACAAAAAAAAAAAAAAAAAAGAGAAAGGACUUUUAGCAUUUAGUUUUUAUUCUCAGGAUCGUCUGCAAGCACCAAUCCCGUCUGCUGUUGCUACCACACCCAGCGGAGGCGUGAGGAGGUCCGGGUGCUCGUCAUGGACGUCUCUGAGGGCGUUAGGGCGCCAGAAUUUCUGAGACUAUUUCGCAUCCAUCCAAACUCAUCAUAGUAUUAGUAUUCAUUGCCUUGGUUCCUGAAGCUGCAUCAGACUUUUCAACGGUCACACUGCCACUCCCUGGAAGGGACAUUCAGUACAAGCGCGCGCGCAUGUGUGUGUGUGUGUGUGUGAGCAUUCUCUACUGCUGUAUUACUCUUGAUAAGCUACUCUUUGGUACGACUACUAGAACCUGAAUAUUGGAUAUUCCCGCGUUCGCGAAACGAUAACCUUCCGAGGUGACCGGUCUGUCUGGUUCCGUGUACUUUGCACUGAUUAUCUGUAAGUGUACGCUGCGCUCUAGCGAAAACAUGUAAGUCACGUCAUCGUACUGCGCUUCCUCUCCUGUCCUCACAACGUCUCCCGCUAGACGAACGACAUCCACGCCGGUUCCACAGUAGAAGAACCAUAUCGACGCCGAGGAGACGGGGUGUGCGUGCGUGCGCGUGUGGUGUAGUGGACGUUGCCAUGGCAGAGCUCUCAUAACUCUGGUGUGGAGCUGGAAUGUACGCAUCAUCCUUUCGUGUAUAAGGAAGCCUGGCUGAUGCCAAGACUUUAAACGUAAACAAAAAAAAAAAAAAAAAAAAGAAUACUCGAAAGAUUUGUUUCGAGUUCAGCUCACUUGGGUCCGACCAAACCGGAGUGUGAAACAUAUCCCGUCAUGUAGAGAUAUGUAGGAUGUAAUGUUGAUUUUUUUCGUUUGUUUUUUUUAUUAUUUUUUUAAACAGCAAAGCUGGUGAAGCCGGUCGAGUUCAUCUAGAACGUCCCGUGUUUAUGCUUACGUGUGGAAAAAGCAGUAUGGGCAAGAUAAUUACGGCAGUGGAAUCACGUACUGGUUUCAUAUCACAUGUUGAAAAUGACUUCAGCACCUGUAUUGCACAUUCCCAUGUAUGCAAGUGUUGGUACUGGCGGUGUACUCCAGCAACUUCAGCAACAGGGGAAGAAAAUAAUAAUAAUAAUAAUAAUAUCUCCCAUAAUAAGGUACAAGUAUAAAGUCAUUCUAAACAAAUGAUAUUCGGCUUAGUUUUUUUUUUUUAUGUUACAAAGCCUUAAAGCUGUCUCUUACUUCAUAUUAAAGAAAAGAAAUGGAUGGAGUCCGUGAUCUUCAUAUUUAACUAUAUCUAAAACUGUUACAUAUUGCCUAUUGUACCGAGUAAUAUUCGCAUAAUAUUACGUAUACGCCGAGAAUUUCACCGCUCGAUUAUCCAGUCCACGACAAACCUAUACAUAGAUGGAGAAGACCUACAAAUAUAAGGGCCAGUGUUUGCUCUUCAAGUUUCACGCCUUUUUUUAAAAAUAAUAAUAAUAAUAAUACUUCUUUAAACGUAGUGUAUGUCGAGCUGUGUCCGAUUUGUCUUUGGUGCCAUUUUAUUUUAUUUUUUUUCAUGCAACGCAUCACUUUAAGCCUGAGCUGAGAUCACUGUUCAUCCUCUCAGUUUUAACGUGUGUGGUUAUUGGAAACGAAACAAUAAAGAAACCCGUUGAAUAUGUUUGUCUGGAAGAAUGUUCCUUAGAGAAAUGUGUGUACCUGCUGUCUCACAGCUAAAGCCUGCCCUCUAGUGGUGCUUUCAGUUAUUUCCUGAUCCUGGCGUACACGCAACAGAAGCCCUGGCUCGCGUCGCGUCGCCGCAUCCGCCUGACCGUUACAGCUGUUCCUCUACAAAAGGCAAGAGCAUUAAAACACACCCAGUCACAAACCCAUGCAAGGCAGUGUAGAUCUCAUAGAUUUCUUUAUUCAUUCUGUAGAUCUUUACCAGUUCGUUUCUUCUCAUCGAAGCUCCUUCCGUUUAAGCGCUAGUUUAUAAUCCUAGGAAGCGUCCAGCGGGAGAUGAGGAAGUAAAAUGAGCUAUUCGUUUAGUGCUGUUUAAGAUCCUGUACGGUAUGGACAUGGCACUUGAGUCACUAAGAAUCCGGCAAAAAAAAAAAAAAAAAAAAAAAACGUGUUGAGAAACGUUGUACCGUAAAGCUGAAUCUUACUCUAGAGUCCUUCUGGCCGUCACGUCGGUCGGUCGGUCGGUGUUCGGAGAGAUAUUCAGGUUGAGUCGAAUCGGUAACGGAUACGGAACGAACACGCUUUCUGAAUGCCGUCGUAAACGUUUCAAAUCAAACCGGUGACGAUCGUAUGCCAAAAGAAACGAUAUGAAGCAGAGUACUAAACCAUUCUGUCCAGAUGAUUAUACAUGCAGCUGUUUCCAAUGCAACACUAGUACAAAAAAAAAAAAAAAAAUCCCUGAAAACGUAUCUACGGUGUUAGACGGGGCGGACGGACAGAAACGCAUGUUCGUGG